UGGAUCUGCUCGACUGGGGUUUUCCAGCACUGGGCUCAGUCAGACAGACUCCACUAAAAUCGACACUUUCGGGUUAUGUGUGUUUAUUGUGUCAUCUUGGCGACUACAGAAUAGCCGUUGUGUCCGCAUGAAAUAUGGCUCUGGUUUGGAAAACCUUAUUCUGUGCUUCAUGCUGCGCUAGAGAAGGGACACAGAAUUCCUUUUUAGGAUGGUGACCAGACCCUGCUUGGCUUGUGGAGUGAAUGAAGCUCUGCUGGUUGAGGAAAAGCAGAGGGAAAGUGAGAGAACGUGAAAAGGAUGGGAAAGAGGGUGUGGAGCUGUUGCCUGGGUGUCUCCACAGCGGUGCUGUAUGGCUCCCUGUCGCUUUUUGUCUCCAUCCUCCAUAAUGUCUUCCUGCUUUAUUAUGUGGACACGUUUGUGUCCGUGUACAAGAUCGACAAAGUUUCAUUCUGGGUGGGCGAGACUGUGUUUCUGAUAUGGAAUAGCCUGAAUGACCCCCUGUUUGGCUGGCUAAGUGACCGCACCUUCCUCAGCUCUCAUCAGUCUGGAUCUCAGAUCUCCACGCCUGAGGUGGUGCUAAAGCGACUGCAGUCUCUCUCCAGGAAUGGGCCACUUUUUGCUCUUUCCUUCUUGGCCUUCUGGGUGGCUUGGGCCCACCCUGGUCUGCAGUUCCUCAUCUGCCUGUGCCUUUAUGAUGGUUUUCUCACACUGGUGGACCUGAACCAUAAUGCCCUGCUGGCUGACCUGGCUGUGUCUGCAAAUGACCGCACACGCCUCAACUUCCACACCUCGUUGUUCAGCGCACUAGGCUCACUGUCCGUUUUCCUCUCGUACUCUUUCUGGGACAAGGAAGAUUUCAUGUCCUUUAGGCUCUUCUGUGUAGUGCUGGCUGCCUUGUCAAUGAUUGGCUUUGCCGUGGUGUCUCGGCUGCUGCGCCGCAGGUUCCAGAACGAGAUCCGAUCACACAAGAAUGAAGAGGAAUUGCUCAAAGAACUGUCUGUUGGCCAUGCACCUCAUGCCUCCACCGAGAAGCCUGUCACUCUUGGACAGUAUCUGAAGCAGCUCUCACGCCACAGAAACUUCCUUUGGUUUGUUUCAAUGAACCUUGUACAGGUAUUUCACUGCCACUUCAACAGUAACUUCUUCCCUCUAUUCCUGGAACACCUCCUAUCAGACCGGAUCUCUGCAUCCACUGGCUCUUUUCUGUUGGGUAUCUCCUACAUAGCACCCCAUCUCAACAACCUUUAUUUUCUGACACUCUGCCGAAGAGUGGGCGUCUACCAGGUUAUCCGUUGGCUUUUUAUCUUGAAGCUGGGUCUUAGUAUAGCAAUGCUGCUGGCAGGAGCAGACCAGGUGUAUCUGCUCUGCCUGUUUAUCGCCAGUAAUCGAGUGUUUACGGAGGGGACCUGUAAGCUGUUGAACUUGGUAAUCACAGACCUGGUUGAUGAGGACUUUGUAAUGAACCGACGACAGCACGCCGCCUCUGCGCUACUGUUUGGGAUGGUUGCUUUGGUAACAAAACCUGGUCAGACCUUUGCCCCCCUCAUUGGCACCUGGCUGCUGUGUGUAUACACAGGCUAUGACAUCUUUCAGCGGGAUCCUAUUAAGGACUCUGUUGCAGCUGUGGCCAUCUCAGGUGCUGAAAGCCCUGUGCCACUGCGCCAGGGCUGCUUUUACUUACUGGUGUUUGUGCCCAUCACCUGUGCCCUGCUGCAGCUACUGGUCUGGUCUCGCUUCAGCCUCCAUGGCCGCAGAUUACAAAGCAUCAAAGCCCUGAGACAGGAUGCCCACCAUGGUCACCUUAUAGACGUGAAGGCCAUCUGAUACUGCCCACCCCGUUCCUCACUGCCUCACACUGACUCAGGAUGGAGACUGAUGGCUGAUGUCGCUUCUCAGUGUACAAGGACUCUAUGACAGAGAGAUCUUAAUGAAAACCGCCUUAUUUUCUUACGAGAAGAAACUUUUCUGCAUGUGUAUAUUUAUAAACUGACCUAGGGACCAAAUAUGAACUGUUAAAACAAUCAUGUGGUGUGGGACCAUAUUGAAGAGUAGUAUCUCUUCCCCUUUGACUGCACUUUGUCUGUACAGUACAACUGAAUUGAACAAUGCAUUACCUACCAAGCCUACAUUUUUUUUGACCUGAUGUAAUAUCUGCAUGGGCCUCUGUGGAAGAGUUAGAGUAAUUUGUUGCAUCAGUUAUUUUGUUGCCAGUGAAUUUAGUGGUACUGUAAUUUUAGGAACUGUUUACUCUCACCUUUUCUUGCUUAUUUUGUCUUCAAAAUUAAAAAAAAAGUAUAUAUUUUUUAUACCAAGUAUUUCACACAGAUUAUAGUAGAGCAUGAUAACUGUGAACUUGGCUAAUCUGUCAGAGAUAAUUAUAUUCUGGGGUAGUUACUGCAGUUACACAGAUGAAAUCUCUCAAGAUGGAAGUACUUUUGUGUAAAGAAGACUUAAUUUUCAAAUAUUUACACAGAAGUUCCAUUUCUAAGGCAUUAACUCAUUUGUACAGCUUCUGUGUCAUCCCUCUUCCACAAAAGGAAAACAUUUUCCAGUACUGAACGUUUCAUUGUCAGAGACUGAUGUUUACCUUUUUGGUACCCACAGUUCUUUUUACUGUUUCUGCUAUUUAAAUUCAAGGAGACGAUUUUUGUGACUCAGGAAAUUUGAUAUCUGCAAAAUAAAUUCCAUUUAAUACUAGUGGUUCAACGCUCCUGGUCUACACUAUAUAUCAACAUAUGUUUUGUAGAAAAGGAUGAAACGGUAUAAAUUCAUUGCAUACUUUA